AUGUUGUCUGAUUCAUUUAGCUGUAAAUCAUCGAAUCAAACUCACAUAUCCUAGAAUAGUUAAACUUGGUUGAAUUUAGAGACGCAAUCUCUCAGAAAUGAAGUAUCUGAGCUUCAAAGAAUGCUAGAUGAGAUUAAUUAGAAUAGUAGAAUUUCUCAGGAUUAGUAGUCUUCCCACAGAAGUUAUUAGCAUAUUUUGCAAUAGAUAAAUCCUUAAAUUUAAAGUACAAAGGCCAGCAGUUCUCUAAAGCAAUCCUAGUAAAGCAAUCAAGAAACAGAAAUUGUUAGUCAAGUAUUAAAGUCAAAAUCAUCAAUGAAUGUUUAAUAGAAGGAAUACAAAAGAAUUAAUGAAGGAGGCAACGCAAUAUCUCUUGUCAAUAGAAAUAGAUAAUAGAUUCUUGAGAGAUCAAAUCAAAAGGAUAAGUCUAAUCAUAAUAUUCAAACUCCCAAUAAUAAUCAACCAUCAUUCUUAAAUAAUAGUCGAAACUAAAAUAAUGAUACUACUCUAUCUCUGUAGUAAUCAUGUAGCAGUCUCGGGAGGAUAUCAAAUUUGAAAUAACCCACUAAAAUUAGUAAAAAUUCCAGUUUAAGCACAGAAAAAGGAUUUACUGAUUCUUUGAUAGGAAAGAAAAAUCUGAGGCAAAUUAAUUAGCAUUAGUUGAUAACCAAGCCAGUUUUACAGUAAAAAAAGAAUUCAACAUAAAUAUUAAGAAAAGAGUCAAAAGAGAAUAUUAAUCAUGAAACAUCUCUUGAUACCUCAAUCUAAAAUAAAUACAAUCGAAUCAUUUAGAACCUUGAUAAUGAAAUCAAUAAUGAUAAAAUAUCUUCAGUAUUAAAGUAGAAACCGUAGAAUAAUGCAUCUAUUGUCUUUGAUGACAGUUUGUUAAACAAAACUUUACAAAAUGAUACUAAUGAUGAUAUCAACCCUCAUCUUUAGUAGUUAAUGGAAUCACCUGAUGCUGAUAAGAAAGAUAUUGAAUCAGAGUUAUUGAGAAUGAGGGAGACUCUUGAAUUUAUCAGAUAAUAAGAGAUGAUGCUCUUGAAUAGAAUCUCAUAAGAUAAUACUGCAACUACGUCUGCAAAUGAUGAUAGAUUGAAUAAAGCAAGAGAUUAGCCCUAAAAAGAAAUGUAAUUAGAAGAAUCAAUGGUCCAUAUUUAGGACACAGAUAAUGAAUAAAAUUUCAACAUGAGUGGGACCUAGCCUUAGAUAGCAUUAAUCCACUAAAUCUAAAAUUAGAAGCCCUAGAGAUAGCAUCAUAGAAGGAUUUCAAAGAACAGUUUCGGAUGUAGAAGUCUUUAGGAUCUUAAAAAUUCAUUUAAGGACGAAUGCUCUUUAUUCUCAUAUCAAGAAUCUUCUGGAAAUACUAAGCAUAGUUUACCUUAGGCAAUCUUUGGAAUGCAAAAUGGAAGCAACAAUAUCUCAAAUACCAAUAUCAAUCUCAGUGUGCUUGAUAAUAAUCCUGAUUUUAGCAUUUCUACUCCAAGAACAAAUGGUAAUACCUAAAAUAAUCAAGAGGAUUCUUCAAUGACAUAAGUAUUCAAUCCAAUUAAUCCAGCAUAGACUCCCUUUUUCAAUAAAAAUAUGCAUCUCAAGAAGGAUUCUCUUUUAAAUAACUAAGAAUUAUAUAGAGAUCCAAUAUUGUCAAAACUUAAUGACAAUAAUGAUAUCAAGCUAAGAGAUGGCUCUCGUACAUAGAGAAUCUAGAUAAUUGAGUUCUAAGAUGAUAACCUCGAAAAUGAAGACUACGUGGAAGGACUCUAUGAACCUUAAAUGAUUAUUAAAAAAGAGUAGCAUGCAUUUAACACUUCUAGAAACAUGAAACGACCACAGAUUGACACAAAUAAUGGGGUUGAAAGAACAAUUUAAGGUACUAUUUAAACUACGCCAAAAAGCAAUAACAUAAAAAGUGUUUAUACAUCUUAGAGAAGUAAUGGGAAAAAUAAUAGCCAAGGUGGGCCAAAUGCUGCUAAUGCUAAUGGAAGCAUAGGAAAUACUUUGUCUUCAAAAGCAAGGGCAAGAAAUUAGUUUGACUACAGUAAAAUUAGUAAACAUUAAUCGAUAGCCAAAAUAUUCGAGAGUAGAAGAAUCUCUAAAAAGUAAUAAUCCAUUGAGAAAGGACCUGGAGGAGUAAAUAAAACAUAUCUUGCUGGGAUAAAUAAUAACACUCAAGUUAAUUUAGUAAAUUAUGAAUUUGAUAUGAGAAGAUAAAGUACAUAAAAUAUUAUCAACAAUAUGAGUUCAUGUGAAGAAAAAAUAAUUCAAUCUAGAAACAUAAACAUUUAAUCUAGCAAUUAAAAAUUUCAAAGGACUUAGCAACUUCCCCUUCAGCAAAACUACUUUUAAUAAACUAGAGACAGUCAAUCAAAAGAAAAACUGCAAUCAUCUAAUAAUUAGCAAAAUGGAUUAAAAAAUUAAAGAGAAAUCUAAACUGUGUAAAAUUCCGCAACAUAACUAUCAUCAUCAAGAUUACAUCUCGAAACAUCUUAAAAUAAGUAGUUCAAUGAUACUAUUUAGUUUAGUCAUAACUUGAUUGGUUCCCAGUCUUCAAGAAAUAUAAAUUUGCCUAAAUCGAAUACACAAAAACUUGUUCUUACUUAAAACUAAUAGAUUUUGAAUAAAGAUCAUAGUUUUGUAAGGCAGAGGAAAUUAGAAAUAGAACAAGAAAAAUAGCAGAAACUUGCCCAAAAAAUCUAAUAAAAGGACCAAAAGAUAAUUUCAUUGGUUUAAAAGAAGGCUGAGGAAGACAAGUCAAGAAGAGAACCUCACUCUAUUUAUGAAAAAACUAUGCGAAUGAAGCAAAGAGCAGACGAGAAAAAGCAAAUUCAGUAAUAAAGCAAUAUGAAUCUAACCAAUGAUAAUAACCCAAAGUUGCUUAGCAACAAUAAAUCUCAAAGAGACUUUAAUUAAACUGAGGGUAGCAAUAGUAAAACACCAAGAAAGUUAGUAAGAAACGAUCAUUAAUACGGUGCUAUGCCAAAUAAAAGCUUUGUUUACUAAAGAGAUGCAAAGACUGCUUCAAGGUCUGUUUCACCCAAAAAAAUAAUGUCUGUAAAUCGUUAAGAAAUCUUACAAUAGUAAGUUCUUAAAUAAACUCCUAUGAAUCAAAGUGUAUUUUAGAACAGUAGCACAAGCACAGCGAAUUUCCUCUAGCCCACUAUAGUUCCACACUCAAGAUAAAACUGUGAAAACUGUCAAAGGUUAUUUAGUAAAGGACUCUCAAGCAAUUACUGUCCCAUGCACUUAAAUCUGAACAUCUAAAAUAAGGGCACAACGAAUGGAGCUCUAAAUCCUUUGGCUAAGCAUUCUUAGCAAGCAUCAAAUGUAAGUAUCGGAGAUUUGCUAAAUGGCAGUUCAGAAAGUUGCUAUCUAGGUAUUACAGAUCCUAAUAUAUCAAUUACAACUUUCGGGGGUAGAGUUAUGUGA